UGCGCGGCCGUGCGGGGCGUCCGCCCGAGGGGACCUGCUGCCCGGAGCUGUCCUCGGAGGAGCCUCUCGCCGCCCGCCGUGCGGGAAAGUGCUUCACCCUAACGCCGAGCGCACGCCCACCCCUCUCCCCUCUUUCUAGGCACCGCGCGUUUUUUCUCUUUUUUCUUUCGGGCGAAGUAACUUUUGCAUUCCCGCCUCCCCCGAGUCCUGGGGACCAGAGGCGGCGCCGAUCCUGGGGGCGGUUCCUUGGCAGCGUUGGUUCUUGUCAGAGCCAGACUUUUGCUCUUGGGCUGGGUUUGCAUCAUCCCCAUCACACCCUCAGGAGAGAGGAGCCGGCCCCUUUCAGCCUCAGCUUCCGGCUGGGAGCAGACCCCCCCUCCCCCAUCCCAGGCCCCUUCCCCUGCUCCAGCCCAUCUCCCGCAUUUCGUUAGUCCUCGCCCUCUACUCCGCAAUAUUGUCUUUCUCUCGUCCUCCUCGCCUCCAUUCGUUGUUUUACGUUUCCCACUCUUUGAGGAAGGAUGGUUGAUUUGGAGAGCGAAGUGCCCCCUCUGCCUCCCAGGUACAGGUUUCGGGAUUUGCUGCUAGGGGACCAAGGAUGGCAGAACGACGACAGGGUGCAAGUUGAAUUUUAUAUGAAUGAAAACACAUUUAAAGAGAGACUAAAGUUAUUUUUUAUCAAAAACCAGAGAUCAAGUCUAAGAAUACGUCUGUUCAAUUUUUCUCUCAAAUUAUUAAGCUGCUUUUUGUACAUAAUCCGAGUGCUACUAGAAAACCCUUCACAAGGAAAUGAAUGGUCUCAUAUCUUUUGGGUGAACAGAAGUCUACCUUUAUGGGGCUUACAGGUUUCAGUGGCAUUGAUAAGUCUCUUUGAAACAAUACUACUUGGUUAUCUCAGUUAUAAGGGAAACAUCUGGGAACAGAUUUUACGAAUACCCUUCAUCUUGGAAAUAAUUAAUGCGGUUCCCUUCAUUAUCUCAAUAUUCUGGCCUUCCUUAAGAAAUCUAUUUGUCCCAGUCUUUCUAAACUGUUGGCUUGCCAAACAUGCCUUGGAAAAUAUGAUUAAUGAUCUACACAGAGCCAUUCAGCGUACACAGUCUGCAAUGUUUAAUCAAGUUUUGAUUUUAAUAUCUACAUUACUAUGCCUUAUCUUCACCUGCAUUUGUGGAAUCCAACAUCUGGAACGAAUAGGAAAGAAGCUGAAUCUCUUCGACUCCCUUUAUUUCUGCAUUGUGACGUUUUCUACUGUGGGCUUUGGGGAUGUCACCCCAGAAACAUGGUCAUCCAAGCUUUUUGUUGUUGCCAUGAUCUGUGUUGCUCUUGUGGUUCUCCCCAUACAGUUUGAACAGCUGGCCUAUUUGUGGAUGGAGAGACAAAAGUCAGGUGGAAACUAUAGUCGACACAGAGCUCAAACUGAAAAGCACGUUGUUCUGUGUGUCAGCUCACUGAAGAUUGAUUUACUCAUGGACUUUUUGAAUGAAUUCUAUGCUCAUCCAAGACUCCAGGAUUAUUAUGUGGUGAUUUUGUGUCCUACUGAAAUGGAUGUGCAGGUCCGAAGGGUCCUACAGAUUCCGAUGUGGUCACAAAGAGUCAUCUACCUUCAAGGUUCAGCCCUUAAAGAUCAGGAUCUGUUGCGAGCAAAGAUGGAUGACGCUGAGGCCUGUUUUAUUCUGAGCAGCCGUUGUGAAGUAGAUAGGACAUCCUCUGACCACCAAACAAUUUUGAGAGCAUGGGCUGUAAAAGAUUUUGCUCCAAAUUGCCCUUUGUAUGUCCAGAUCUUAAAGCCUGAAAAUAAAUUCCAUAUCAAAUUUGCUGAUCAUGUUGUUUGUGAAGAAGAGUUUAAAUACGCCAUGUUAGCUUUAAACUGUAUAUGCCCAGCAACAUCUACACUUAUUACACUACUGGUUCAUACCUCUAGAGGGCAAGAAGGCCAGCAAUCGCCAGAACAAUGGCAGAAGAUGUACGGCAGAUGCUCUGGGAAUGAAGUGUACCACAUCGUUUUGGAAGAAAGUACAUUUUUUGCUGAAUAUGAAGGAAAGAGCUUCACCUAUGCUUCUUUCCAUGCACACAAAAAGUUUGGUGUCUGCUUGAUUGGUAUUAGGAGGGAGGAUAAUAAAAACAUUUUGCUGAAUCCAGGUCCUCGAUGUAUUAUGAAUGCUACAGAUAUAUGUUUCUAUAUUAAUAUUACCAAAGAAGAGAAUUCAGCAUUUAAAAACCACGACCAUCAGAAAAAAAGCAAUGUAUCAAGGUCAUUUUAUCAUGGACCAUCUAGAUUACCUGUACAUAGCAUAAUUGCCAGCAUGGGUACUGUGGCCAUAGACUUGCAAGACACAAGCUGUAGGUCAGCAAGUGGCCCUACCCUGUCUCUUCCUUCAGAAGGAAACAAAGAAGUCAGAAGACCCAGCAUUGCUCCUGUUUUAGAGGUUGCAGAUACGUCAUCAAUUCAAACAUGUGAUCUUCUAAGUGAUCAAUCAGAAGAUGAAACUACGCCAGAUGAAGAAAUGUCCUCAAAUGUGGAAUAUGCUAAAGGCUAUCCACCUUACUCUCCAUAUAUAGGAAGUUCACCCACUUUUUGUCAUCUCCUUCAUGAAAAAGUGCCAUUUUGCUGCUUAAGACUAGACAAGAGUUGCCAGCAUAACUGCUAUGAGGACGCAAAAGCCUAUGGAUUCAAAAAUAAGCUAAUUAUAGUUGCAGCUGAAACAGCUGGAAAUGGAUUGUAUAAUUUUAUCGUUCCUCUCAGGGCAUAUUAUAGACCAAAGAAAGAACUUAAUCCCGUAAUACUGCUAUUGGAUAACCCGCCAGAUAUGCAUUUUCUGGAUGCAAUCUGUUGGUUUCCAAUGGUUUACUACAUGGUGGGCUCUAUUGACAAUCUAGACGAUUUACUCAGGUGUGGAGUGACUUUCGCUGCCAACAUGGUGGUUGUGGACAAAGAAAGCACCAUGAGUGCCGAAGAAGACUACAUGGCAGAUGCCAAAACGAUUGUAAACGUGCAGACCCUUUUCAGGUUGUUUUCCAGUCUCAGUAUUAUCACAGAGCUCACCCACCCAGCCAACAUGAGAUUCAUGCAAUUCAGAGCCAAAGACUGUUACUCCCUUGCUCUUUCAAAGCUGGAAAAGAAAGAAAGAGAGCGAGGUUCUAAUUUGGCCUUUAUGUUCCGACUGCCUUUUGCUGCUGGGAGGGUGUUCAGUAUCAGCAUGUUGGACACGCUUCUGUACCAGUCAUUUGUGAAGGACUACAUGAUUUCUAUCACCAGACUUCUGUUGGGAUUGGACACUACACCAGGAUCGGGGUUUCUUUGCUCUAUGAAAAUCACCGAGGAUGACUUAUGGAUCAGGACUUAUGCCAGACUGUAUCAGAAGUUAUGUUCUUCUACCGGAGAUGUUCCCAUUGGAAUCUACAGGACUGAAUCUCAAAAACUUACUACAUCUGAGUCUCAAAUAUCCAUCAGUGUGGAAGAGUGGGAAGACACUAAAGACGCCAAAGAGCAAGGUCACCACCGAAGUAACCACCGCAACUCAACAUCCAGUGACCAGUCCGACCAUCCCCUGCUAAGGAGGAAGAGCAUGCAGUGGGCCCGAAGACUGAGCAGAAAAGGUCCCAAACACUCCGGUAAAACAGCUGAGAAAAUAACCCAGCAGCGCCUGAACCUCUACAGGAGGUCAGAAAGACAAGAGCUUGCUGAACUUGUGAAAAAUAGAAUGAAACACUUGGGUCUUUCUACAGUGGGAUAUGAUGAAAUGAACGAUCAUCAAAGUACCCUCUCCUACAUCCUGAUAAACCCAUCUCCAGAUACCAGACUAGAGCUGAAUGAUGUUGUAUACUUAAUCCGACCCGAUCCACUGGCUUACCUACCAAAUGGUGAACCCAGUCGAAAAAACAGUAUCUGCAACACCACAGGCCAAGACUCUCGGGAGGAAACUCAGCUUUGAUAAAAAAGAAAAUAAGAGACUUUUUUCUCCUACAAGGAUCUUGCUUGAAACAACUCUAAAUCUUAGAAAAAUAAGAGUGUUGCUGGCAUGAAAUGAACUAGAUUGGAGUAUAUCCGAUUCUCUCAUAUUUAAAAAAAAUCUAUUCUCCUAGAAGUUUAGAUUAUUUUGAAAUUUAAAGUACUGCUUUGUUGGUACUCCUCCCAUUAAUAUUUGAAAGACAUCAGUGGAAUGAUUUUGAAAACCUAAAUUGAAACACAAAAAUUUGAACCUGAUGUUUCAUUGUUUGACAAUAAUACAAACUGUAUGAAGCCAAUUUUUAAAAAGUAUUAAGGUUUAUGAAAGUAAACUAGAAAUCCAGUUAUAUUUGGUGCGUCCCAAUGGACAUAGAAGAUUGUUGCUCCACUUAAAGUUAAAUGUGUCCUAUUAUAUUCUUUAAACUUGCUGUUUUAUAAAAAUGAGCUCAUCACAAGUGUCCGGCCUUCUCUACACAGAUUAACAGACAAACUUAUGUGGCUGACUUUUGUGUAAGAAUCAUAGUUUGCUUUAGAAUAUGAAUCUUUAAGUCAUUUUACCCUUUUUGUUGACUUUUCAUAUGAUAUAUUCAUUUUAGAAUUUGAGCUUUUCAUAGCAUGUUUUAUUACUCUGGAGAAACCAAAACAAACAAAAAGAAAUAUUGACUACAUGAACUUUUCCCUAACUUUAUGUUUAACACACGUUGUAUGCCAAGAACAGUAUACGAAAGCAAAUAUUUAUUGUUCUCCUAAAAGGAUCCUAACAUAGAGAAUACUUAAAACACAUUUGUCGACUUAAAUCUAAUCUAAGAAUUGAAGCAUUAAUUGAAAUAUUCAGUAAUGAUUUUCAUUAGACGCUUGAGCUUUAACAUUUUUUAUAUAUCUAUACAGUAUAUUUCAUUAGAAAGAUACUUUAAACUUAAAAGAAGCAAAAUUAUACUUUUUAUAGAAUACAAAGAAAUUUCAAAACAUUAAAAGUCCUCCUUUAUGCCUUUAGUAUUGAAAUAAUAAUACACCAAAAAAUGGUAUAUCAAAAAUUUUGAUCUAAUUUUGGAAAGUUAUCUAUAGGAGCUAUGUUUUAACAUUGUGAGGAAAAAGCAUAAAAUAAAAAUAAGUAGGUUUUGCUGUUUAAAUGUAAGGUAAACCAUACAUAAUUUGACAGUUAUAAAUAAAGAAACGCUGACCUUUGGCGACACCAGUGCUUGUACCUGCAUUGCAUUAUUCCCUUUCAGAACCAGGUUGAAAAGCACAGAGCACAGUUUGCCAGGUAGUUGAAAUGCACUUUUAUUCCCAUGAAAGAGACAUUGACAAAUUUAAAAAGAUAUUUUUCUUCCAAUUUUGUGUAUUUUUAUUUCUGAAUUUGACAUUAAAUUUUAAUUCAACAGAAAAUAGGACACAUAAGACUAGAAAGAGACAUGUUAUCAUUUCUUUUCAUAAAGAGGCAGAUAAAUUGAAAGGAAAAUAGAAGGAUUAAAAAUAAUAAAGAAAGCCUAAUAUUUCCCCAAUAAUUCUAUGGAUAUAAAAAUAUAAAACAUAAAGUGUGAAAUUAUAGAUUAUAUAGCCAUUGUAUAAUCUGGCUUUGAGAAUAUGAAAUGCCUAUUUGUUUAGUAUUUUACAUUACUCUCAUUUUAGAAUGACAAGAACAUCAAGAAUUUCCCCUAAAAUAGGGAGAGCCUGUAUUUAAUUUUCUUUAACUAUACAGGGAAGUAGAAUUUAUAACAGGUUACUUAAAAUUGGAAGCAUAUCUUAAAACAAAGAUUGUAUGCAUAUGUAUGUGUGUAUGUUAUAAAGACAGGUGAAAUAUAUUGGACAAACACAUAUUCACAUGUAAAAUUUCAAACUAAAGGUGGAAUUGAACAAAUACAUGUAAUGGAGAACAAUAAUAAGUUUGAUGAACUUUUUUUAUAUUUGCACAUUGAUAUUUAAGUUUGAUGUUUCUUUGAGCUGCCUUUUCUUUACUCCAUUACAAUUAUGUUUAGGAAUAAAUGUAAGAUUUUAUGAAUCUUCUAUUUCCCCGCAAGAUCUCAAGUUGAGUAUUUUUGCAUUAUGACAGUUGUCAAGACUAGGAUUUUAAGCUAGGACCUGACUAUAUUUCCUAUAACACUAAAAAAUUUGUUUCAUAAAUUUUACAAUAAUUAUUUUUGAUUAUGAACAUUAGCCCAAAUUUAAUAUUUGACACAAUUCAUAUUAGCUUGCUAUAAUAAUGAUAGUGUAUUAGCUUUUCUGUUAUUUAAAGAAUAAAAACAUACUUAUAAAAGCCUUUUAACAAACAGUUGCCUUUUUAAAUACUUACACUUGCAUAUGAAAAUAAAAGAUGAAGUCAACAUUAGUCCUUGUAACCCUAUGGGAUUUGGUUCUGUUUAUUGUCUAUGUACCAUUUUGUUACCAGUUACACUGAAUUGCUUUAAAAUAAAUA